AAAAAAACACCGUAUUGUGAACAAGUAUUUUUGGAAUAUUCUUCAGUUUUUAAAAUAAGUGUUAAAAGUAUGAAUGGCAGGGAGCAUUAAAGAAGAAACAUUUUUGGAGCUACGAAAUUUUAAGAUCGUCCUGGUGCAAUGUGGCGCGUGAUAGCGACGGCCGCGAGGCGAUGAUCGGCCACAUGGGCCGGCCGCGCGCUCACCAUGCGCCAGCAGUCGACCGAUACUGUCGACAAAGCGGUAUGCACGGAGGAGUCGGGCGCGGCGCGGCUGGAGGCCGUGCUGGUGGCUCUGGUGGAGAGGAAGGCGCGCGCCCUGCACGCGGAACAGGCCCGGCGCCACGCACGAACACACCCUCUACUCUUGCUACUGCGCAACCAUGUGUCCGACGAGGAGGCGUCGAUCGUCGGCAGUUCCGGCGAGAGGCUGCCGUCGCAUUGGUGUGAGAAUGAGUUCGACCAGCAAAAUAAGAAGAAAAAACUCAAAUUACACACACAUGGAGAGAAGUUAACAAGUCCGGAGCAGUUGGAGAUGGAGCGUCGACGACGUCGGCGCAGGAGACAUGCACGCGCCCAAGCACACGCGCAAGCGCAAGCACAAAAGCCCAGAAAGCACCGCACACUUCUUGUGUCAGCCAUCGACGAACAGGCUAAAGUUAUACACGUAUUGGACCCCGACGAGCUCCCGAGGCGCGCUCGCUACACCAUCAUGGUGACAGCUUGCCUGCUACUUUUUCUUUGCUUGCUUCUUGUAGGGGUCACGCUUCGUAUGGCUCCGCUUAUUGAUGAUAUGGUCCGGCAAGAGAACGAGCGGCUGAUGCACGACGUCCUUCAGGCGGGAAUCGCCAAUCGCACCCUGUCGUCGGGGGCAUUGCGCUGACGCCGCGCUAUUCGCCGCGCCCGCGGCUCGAUAACAUUAGGCCUGCUGCCGCACCGCCCGAGGAGCCUCCGGACUUCACUCCUAGCGUGGACUUACCUUUCACUCCCCACGACAUGCAACCUGUGCCGACAGAGGACACACGCAGCGCGCCGGUGAGCGGAGCCGAUGCGGGCCCAGCGUGAUUCAGUCGAAAUACAAUGGUUUCUGUUCUAGGCCUGCUGUUAUUGAGCUGGAAACAAAACGAACAGACUGUGUAGCGUUCGUUUGCGGGUUCUAUUCGAAAGUUGUGUGGUUUAAAAGUGUAGUUAGAUUUUGUGAAAUUGUGAAUGAUAAAUACGAAAUGUUAAUUGUUAUAAUAAAUAAUACUAUAAUAUAUAUUAUGAGAUUGUAUUGAGAUAGACAGGCAGUACCUGCUUCCGGUAUUUAGAUAAGGAUAUAGAUUAAAUUAUAUUAGUCGGUGGUUAAAUUAUGAUCAUAACCUUUUAACUGUAUGAACUAAUGAAACGAAAAUUACAUUAGGGUAUCUAAAAUUAUUAGUAAAUUACGCAUCAAUCAUAAUUAUAAAUAAAGUGCACUAUAAAUCUGCAAACAAUAACAGUCGAUUUCCCCACAAUAUAAUAUAUUAAAUUAUGAAAUUACUGCUCUAAUAUACGGGAUCAAUUAACUCGAUAGCUACAAGUGUAAUCUAGUCAAUUUGUAUAUUUGCUUUCAACGGUCAAUUUAUACCAGCUCGAUUAUUUUAAAUAUUAUGAUAUCAUGGGGUUCGAUUAGAGAUGAAUAGUAACACAUUUUACCG